CACAAAUCACAACAACAUGGCGGACAUGUCUCCGCUCAUCUAUCUCUGUUUUUGCAUCACGUUUAAGUGGCGCGAUAUUGUAAAUCAUCUGUGUGAAGCCCAGUAGCCGUGAUGAAUAACCAGGCCUUAGUUACUCACCCGUUUGAUCGCGAAGAGGAAGUAUCUUUGGAACAACUAUUCACGUCAUUCUGUAACCAUUUGAGUCUUGGUCAAUGGGAAUUGACGCGAGUCUGUCUGCGGGGCUUAUUCGAGAAGAGGAACCAGCUAAAAAAGCCGUUAAAAGAGAUUUUGAGAGCGGUUAUUGAUCAGCCGCAUCAUGCAAGGUAACCGGCUUUAUACUACUACAUGAGAAAUUUCUGCAAUCUGAUUGGCUUAGAGCAGUGGUAUUUCAGCUUAAUUGUGAAAAUUACAAACUUUUUGCGAGUAGUAGUAUAAACAAAUAAUAGCAUAAUUUGUACGUGAUAUUUGACAUAAAUACCACUUGUGAUAUUUCAAAAUUGUCUCAAUUUUCACUUUCCUAACAGCUUGUGAAAUUAUGUAUAACAAUUUCGAAAAAUGACUCGUGAUAUUUAUGCCAGAUAUCACUACAGAUUAUGCUAUGACCUAUACUAUUUUUACAUGUACACACGACAAGCUACAUUAUUAUUUGAAACCCAUACGCCCUUGUUGCGCCCCUGAGUCAUUCCAUCUGAUAUCCCACCCUCCCCUCUCCCUGUCUGGAGGGCAAAUUGUCCAGUUAUGUAAUUUUGACCUAUAACAAGGAUGUUAGAAUUGAAUGGUCCUACCCAACCUGAUCCUUGGGGUGAAGACUUGGAUAGUAGGCAAAGACAAGUGGCUGUGCAGUAAGUCAUGGAACUAGUGAUUCAACUCCCACCCUCACCACUAUAUCUCACUACUAAUGUGUCAACUGCCUGCCAUAAUAAAAUAAUCAUAGGACGAGUGAGUCAGUUUAAAAAAAAAAGAAAUGUUUAUUUUGAUGUACAAUGCUGGGAAUUAUUAAUUGCAGUUGUGGCUCCAAGUCUGUUCCUUCUCCUUUUCAUUUAUCAUGGCUAUGUUUGGUGGAGUAUUUGGAUUUGUUUGUUGAUGAGGAGGUGAGUAUAUUAUUUAAUGACAUUUUUUUCUGUUCUUAUGCAACAAUGUACCGAGUAAAAUGAGGUUUGACUAUUUUGACUUUUUACAGGAUCAAAUUCCAGAACAAGUUGUGAGAAAAGUAGAAUUUGGCCUUCUACUUUAUCUUGCUUGUCAGAAUGCUCCCCAGAAUGUGAUUCAGGUGAGGUAGAGUGAGUUAACCCUUUAUGCCCCAAGAUCCACAUGCAAAUUCUCCAGACUGAUCUCCAUGCAUUUCUUUUAAGAAUAGUGGAGAGAAUUUGGUCAAAGAUCAAAGCAUUCUCUCUUUGUUAACCCUUAAAGUCCCAAGAAUGACAAACACCAAUUUUCUCCUUACAUUAUCAGUAUGCGAUCAAGAGAAGAGGUUAUGAGAAUUGAUAAAAUGAUCACCAAAGGAAAAAUGCUCUGAUUAUUUUUCAUAUUCUCCCAACUAAUUCGGUGAAGAAAUGUAUAGAGAUGAGUGUGGAGAAUUUGUAUGAAGAUAUUGGGGCUUAAAGGGUUAAUCAAUUUAGUAAUUCUCAUAACCUUUACUCUUGAUGAUCUGCUGAUUCUUGUAGGAGAAAAUUGAUGUUGGUCACUCCAAGGACCUAAAGCCAAAAGGGUUGAACUGCUAUAUUCUCCUUCCAAUUUGCUUUGCAUGUGCUUUUUAAUCAAAGGGGAAAUUUAGUAAUAAAUCAGGAGUCACAUGUACCAGUAACUUGUUCUUACUGCUACGUUAUAGUUAUGACUGCAAGUACAGUGGUCUAAUAUGUUCCUAUUACCAUGAAAAAUCAUUUAUUGUAUUUAUGAAUGACCAAAAAUGGUUUACAUUCUAUGCAAUUGAUUAUGAUGUUGAUGACUGAUGUCUAUGCUAAAAAUUUGGGAAAAGCUGGAUUGAUCCAGAAAAAUUUAUAGAAGGUACUGAAAGUUAAAUAAAGUGUCAGAGUUAAUAAAAUGCUGAGACUACAUUUUUAUUCUUAAUCCUUUAACUACAGGAUAUAGAUGAUUACCACAGUCAGAUUGUAUACAGAGACCCUGAUCUGUUUGCUUCUGGAGUAUCAGAUCUUCCUUCCUCCACACUUUCCUACUUGAAACAACUUCUCUCCGAUAACCCACAGUUUGGUCGAGCAGUGAUCAAUGACCUUACCUCGAAAGGAAAAGGUUUUUUGAAAAACAACCAGUUGUUACAGCAGCUCUAUUUAGAUCUCAUUAAGGAGCAGUUAAAGUUGUUGGAUGGUGAUGAUGUGCAGUUUGCAUUACAUGACAGAGAGGAAAGCAUGCAAGAUUUGAAAUCAAAACAGUGUAAAUUUAUUUAUCAAAUGCUUUCGUACAUGAACCCCAGCUUAGAAAUGGUCAGCUUGUCUACGCAACUUGAUGAACUGUUCCGGAAUCUGAUAAACCACACAUUCCGUGACCACAGUUGCCUUGACAAGGGAAAUUUAUAUUCUUGUCUCCUAAGCCAGCCAUCAUCUUAUUUGAUUGAAAAGUUCUGUAGAAUUGAAAAUCAAAUGAGAUUUUCGGUUGAGAGCCUUCCUGAAGUCCAUCUGUCUAGGUUUGCCAUGCAAGGAUUCAAGCAACAGAGCAUUUCUCUGGCGUGUUUGUUAUGUUAUGCUCAGUCCUUUAUGAAGAACAGGAAAGAUGCUUGGCAGUACCUGUAUUUUCACGCACUGGAAGGAUACCAUGUUUUGGAAAAUGUAGUGGUGAGACUAAGUUAAUGUUAUCAUGAUAAUUGUUUUAAAAGUGACUGUAUAAUUAUUGCUCUUUCUUGAAGUGCCUUCUUAAUCUGUUGAAGUUAUGAAGAUACAUGUUAGAAAGAUGAAUAGCCUUUGAAAAUAGAAAGGGACAAAAUUCUUUUGAUAGACAGCAGGGGACAAAUUUUAAUUUGACCACAUCUAAGGAAACAACUUUAAAAAUUUUAGGACAAUCAUAUCCCCUUAACUUUCAAUAAUACUUAUUGUUCCUGUUGCUUUCCAACUUAAAGAGAUUCUCUAAAGCACAUAACUUCUUUUAAUUUUGUAUAUCAUAGGGAUGACCCUCUGUUGAACUCUUAUCCUUUUCCAUUAGAUGGAAAAUGCACUAAGACCGACUUCUAUCCUCUUCAUAGGGGAUGCCCCCAUAAUUGAAGGACAUUGUGUGAGAGAAAAGACAAGCAGAGUAUAGUGUGUUACUGAUUUUCUUAGGGUUCAACCCUUUAUGAAUGGCUAUCACAUUCUGUGGGAGAAGAGACACACUUUUGACUGUCUACCCUGUGGAAAGAGAGAUACCCUUUUGAUGGACUGUUAUCCUGUCCCAUCCCAUCCCAUCCUAACCCUAUCCCAUCCUAACCUCAUCCCAUCCCAUUCCAUUUCAUUCCAUCCCAUCCCAUCCCAUCCCAUCCCAUCGCAUCCCAUCCCAUCCCAUCCCAUCGCAUCCCAUCCUGUCUUAUCCUACUGCAUCCUAUCCCAUCCUUAAUUUUCUGAUCUUGUUCACUCUGCACUCAGCCAUGAAUUUAGUUCACUAGGUAGUUGAAGGACGCCUAUUAAUGUAAGCUUCAAGCUUCGUUAGGCUUCCUUGUCACAUUAAUUUUAUAAUUUAAUUAACAACUUUUAUUCAUGUUGUAUAAGGUUUUGUGAGUGACUAAAUAAAUAAAAUAAUAAUAAUAAUAAAAUAACCUUGUGAUGUAAACCUCUGUCUCUUUUUGGGAGGGGAAAAACCCUGUUAAACUGCAGGCAUCCAAAUCCUGUGGGAUAACACUCCAAUGGAUUGGCUGACCCAUCGAGGGAGAAAACCCGUACUUCUAGGUGCCUCAUUCUAUUUAACCUUCACAAACCUUCAGCAAGACCUAGACCUGCGUUGGUGUGCUAAAUGUACUAUAUCUUAACCAUUGUGUUUGAUUCUCAGGAAACAGCCCUUGUAUUUGUUAAAGAAGGUGACUUUGAACAGCUCACACAGUUGCUUUCACCAGUGGAAUUUUCCAGGCUUAAGCCACUGGUUCUUCUCUUAGGCUGGCCUUACUGCUACAGCUGUGAAAAUGCCAGGAAUCUACUUGAGGCGUUAUGGAAUCCUUCUGUAAGCUUUAAUUAGUAUUAUUUUUUGUCUUUUUCUGUCAGUAAGAAAUUCACUUGCCUCAAGUUACUUAUGACUCUGCCUGUUAUAUUGUGUGAACAUAAUGUCUGAUUUAAAAAUCGAGGCCGGUUUUGAGCCAAACAAGAGCACAGCUUAAAAUUCCAGUUAGUCGCUACAUAGUUCUUUAAAGAAAAUUUAUUCUUGUAAAUUUUGUUCUUUUUUUGUGUGUUUUUAGGAAAGGGCAGCUCAUCCUUUACUACACCAGGCCUGCCAAAAACUAGCUUAUCAAGUUCAACUUGUUCAGUGGUGUACUGAAAAGGCUCGGUAAGGCUAUGUUUAGAUUAUAUCGGAGAGCUUUUGUGCCGGUAUAGACUGCAAAACAGUCCGUAUUUUUGCGUAUUCAAGUACGCGCGAGCAGUCAAACAGAAGGUCUGGAACGAAGCUGAAAACACAGUCACACGCCCUACUGGCGUGUGAGGCUCGCGCGCUUCGCCCGCGUAAGACUCUUAAGCCACGCUUUACCGAUUUCUUUACUGAUUUUGAGAAAAAAACCGACUGUUUUGCAGUCUAGUGCCGGUAUGAAAACCAUACUGAACAGGGUUUCUGUUUACACAUAAGAACGGUGAUUUCGGUGUGAUUUCUGUAACAGAUCGAAGCUGCGCCGCGCCGAUCUCCAAAGUGGUGCGUCACAAAUGGGAUAGAUUUUGUGCCACCCUUUGGGGCAGUGUAAACAGGUAUCUAAUCACUCAGACCAUAGCAGAAAAGUAGCAGUGAGCACUGGAAUCCACAUAGACCUGCUACAAGUCGACCUCUCAUACGUUCUUAAAAGUGAGCAAAGCGGGGAUGGGGGGAGGGGGGGGGAGGGCUGUACAACAUUCUUAUUGGCAGGAAAUUACAUGCCCAGCUUCGCUUUUGAAAAACUUCUUCUUUGGAGUACUCGGAUGUUUUCUUCUGAACCGCUCGAGUCACUGACUGACAAACAUUUUUAUCAUGUAUUCACCAGACAUAAAAUUCACCAUCACAUUUCCAUCAAAGAAAGUAUUAGUAAGCAAUAUCAUCAUUUUUGUCUCUCCAUUUUAGUCCUUUGUUGGCGUCAUCUGAAUCGGGAUCAACUCGUCACCAACAAGCUUCAGAAAUGUUCCAAGGCCUUGAGUCGCACUCUGUAUUACAUGUCCUGCACAAGUCUGUCAGCCUAGCGUAUCUUCCCGAGAAAGAAGUCUUUGAACUUUUAAGAAAGAGACCUGUAUUUACUCCUUUGGAGUCAGGCAAAGAAUUGCAAGACGAAGAGGAAGAAACUGUUGGAAAAAAGCAAGAUGGAGGUGAUGGUCUUCCGAAAAGACUUGGUGGGAAGCGAGAAAAUUCCGAAAUUCAUCCUGAAGUUCAAAGGGAUAUCUUUCUCUACCAUAGCUAUUGUGCACUAAAGAAUUUUAUGGAGGCUGUUGCGUCUUCAGCAGAAGAUUUCUACGGAAAAGCGCUUGACAAGAGCUCGCAGAGUUCAACAUCAGUCACAAGUGGUGAUGCUGAAUUAGGGGUUGAGGAGAAGACGUAUCUUACACAAGUUGAGAACAAGCUAGAAGCUGGAAAGGCUCACUUAGCCCAAGUGUAUCCUUUGACUUACCGAGUGGAGAUUCUAGAGAAUAUCUUUAGUCUCCUAUUUGGUACUUUUGAAGACUUGUAUGAAGGUAGAACUCAGCAAAAUGAGAGCGAUGAUUUAGACACAGUGGAUGAAGAAACGCGGAGUUUAUCAACCAGCAAUCGCACAGCGAGUUGGGAGAGUCUUGCGAGCUCUGUCGAACUAUCCGUUGACGUCCAUGGGUCGUUCAGUCCCACUAAAGACCAAGAGAAAUUAACGAGCCCAGUAUCCCUUCCAACUGCCUCUGAGUCUCAGCACAAACAAAAAGAAACUUCCACCCCUUCUGGUGUUGAUUCCUCAUCUCGUCGCCAGCUGUUUACACAUAAGAGAUCGGAGUCAGAUUCAAUUUUGUUUAAAAAAUUAAAGGAUGCGACAGGAGAUGAUAAAGCUGCUGAGUCUCCCGUUUCUCGAGAUGAUACUGUUAAAACAACACAAUCGGAGAAUGAUACUGUUCUCUCCAGUAAAGGAUCGUCACGAACGGCUGUUUCUGAUGAAAAUGAUUUAAAAUGUGAGUUUGUGAUUGAUGAUGGUGUUGUUCCCAAUGUGUUGAAGACAAUUAAGGAAUGCGUGAUGGAACUUAAUGCCGCAAAGUUUGCUGAACUCAAGAAAGGUACGUCUCCUGGACUGUUUUGUUGUGAGUGUAUGUAGUUCGAAACCUCCUCACCCUAAUACAUUAGGCAACACCCAGCCCGGUUUCCCUUGAAAAGGUGUUGACUUUAAAUGAAGAUCAAUCACAAUUUUGGGCAAAUUUUUAACCCCUUAAUUCAUUUUCCGGUCUUUUGAUUACCUGCGACUGGUGAUUAACAAGUAAAGAUAUUUAGGGGUCAAUUUUCUGACCCGUUACGAUUGAUUCAUUCCUAAGCUUUUCAUUUUUCGAUGAGUUAAAGUUUCAGACAAAACGUACAGAGAUUCCCCUGAUCGUCUCCCUUAUUCUCAGGUAUAGCGAUACUCACUGUUCUUAUACAAAUGUGUAAAGAAUGAAACGAAGAAUCUUUUGUUUCGAGAACCAACUGAAGUGCGCUUUAAAAAGGCGCUUCCGGUUGGCCCAUUUUAUAUCUAUAGGUGACGUCACAACCUCGUUCCCAUGGUUCUCACUAACCCGACCGUACGGAGGAAAGAGGGACGGGUAGGAGAAAACCCUGGGAACGAUGUUAAUGACGUCAGUGUGGGUGCUGCUAUAUUUUAAAUGAUUUUUGGAAUCUUUGUUACUGAAUUCCUCUGUUUUGUUUCUAUGUAGGAAGAUCGGAACAAAGCUCAGAGAGCGAAGAAUGGCUUCAAACGUCUGUUCGCCAUAGCUCAAUGGAGCAGCGCAUCUCCCGACUCGGUCAGUUCAUCAAUGAAGCACAAUGGAGAUUCCAGCUGGUGUCCUGGGACAACGGAAUCAAUCGACAGAUAAUUAGGAGUUCCAGGAAAAGGAUGAACAGGAAACUGCAGCGCAUAGCGAGCUCAGACGAGAACUGGAAAGCAGUAGCAGCUCAAGAUGAAGACUCGGAUGACACUUUGACAGAAGGCACUAGCGGUGAGAACUGAGAGAUAAAACGCUUUGAUCGCUGUAAACAGUGCAACGAUUUUUAUGAAAAUUUCCAAAUUUCUGAGGGAAAGAAAUGGUACCAUGUGAGAUUAUUGCUGAAGAGUUUUCUUUUGAAUGGUCACUUCGUAGACUUUCAUCCAUAGACUCAAAAGUAAGAACCUGUUUAGACAGUGCAAUAUGAUUGUACCUUGAUGUGAAAAAAAACUUGCUAGAUAGGUUUCAUUUGAAUGGUCACACUGAUGAGGAGGUUGGUUUUAAAUGGUCCCGCCUUCGACCGCCACGUUUAACUGUUGAUCUUUGGUUUUUGACGAAAUGCGCAUGAUCAGCAAACAAUUGCGCUGGCAAGAUUAACUGGCAAGAUGAUCGCUUUGGAUUUCAUCUAAGAGAAUGUAUGGUUAUAGCUUCUCCCCCUGUCUCUUUUUAUAUUUUAACUGUUAGUUAGAGAAGAAUGUUUUAUAUAUUUUUUUGUUUUAUCAUAGACUAGUAUACACGACCCCUAAGUGCUUUAAUGCUGAUCGUGUUUAAAUAAAGGAUAUUCAUUUAUUUAUUUAUUCAUUCAUUCGCCAAACAACGCAUGGGGAAUUUCUUCCAUUAACAAGCCUAAGUCAUGUAUCUGAGGAGUUAAUCCUAAGGGACGUUCUAAUUGUACCGUUUGUUUUUCAUUAGAUGGUACAGUAAUAAUAAAUAGAUGGGAUUUGAUUUUGGCCCUCUUAGGAGAGAAGCUCUCUGAACUAAAUUUUUUGUUGUUUGUAAAGGAAAAUUAAAGUCAAGAAGGAAAGGUGCAACUUCAAAGGAGAAUUCCAGUGAAUCAAGCUCUCAUUUCAGCCAGGACACGGUUACUACAGGUAAAAUCUCAACCCAAACAGGUGUUCACCCCUAAAAUUCUUACGCACAUUGGGCAGCAGUAAGAUUUAUAACCUGCUUGGUCGGCGUUUGAAAUGUUUUGCAUGAGGAAAAAAUGGGGAAAAUCGGUUCCUUGUUCUCGGAUUCCUAAUAUUCCCGAUUUCGAUUCCCGAUAUCUGUUGUCCGAUUUCCAAGUUUUGACUCCUGAUAUUCCCCUUUCGAUCGUCUGCCAAGCAGGCUUUAUAACUUCUCAUACAUGAGAUGUGCGCAAUAAGUUUCGUGAGUUUGCCAUUAGCGGAAUUACAUUCAAUGGCCUGACGUAACCUCAACCAGUGAAUUUACACGUUUAAGCGCUAGCUUACAACCUCAGACUUUUGCGCUUGGUACCCGCAAGAAAUGUUGCAGCGUGUAGCCACGUCGAAUGAAACAUGUUUUACCCAUUAUUUUAGGCAAUGUUGUCCCGUGUGUUUGUGUGGGUAAUAAAUGCCACCUAACCAUAACACUGUUGUUGCUGCCUCAAAGCACAUGUUCAUUUUUUCAGAACCAGAAGAAAUCAAAGAAAGAGUGAGGAAAAGACGAACGAAAAGGCGACGUCUGACCUCAAGAACCUCAGCCACGGAAAUUUCUAACUUGUUGACCAAGGAUGACAGUGUUAUUGCGCGCAUGCUCUCUUCCCCAGACACCCUCAUCUACAUGUGCAUGAGAAAGGACAACUUUGAGCGCGCUCAUCAGGUCAUUAAAAUGUUCAACAUGGCACAGAAACCCAGCGCUCAAGCUGCAGUGUUUGCAGAGAAGUACAGCAAAAGCGUGAAGCAUCUAGAGAGUUUGCAGCCCAAAGCGAGACGAAUCAUGGCGUCUCAAGGGCUAAGUAGAUCUCGCAAACCUAUGGGAGCUCUGGGAGCUGUUGCCAUGGCAGCAGCCUCUGGUUCUUAUACGUCACAAAUUUCUAAACUCAUCGACGAUUUAUUGACCACGCCGUCAUUAGCAGCUGUUGUGAAUCCUAGCCUUAACCCUGAGGACUUGACGAGUGGUAAUUCAACACUGGUCAAGUAUUUAAAUCCACAAAUGGUUCCCGCGAUGCUGUGUAUUGAUAUGGCCAGUACUGCCGAAGUUUCUUGGUCAGUAUGUAAGACCUUGCUGGAGAUGGCUAAAAGUCGGCUCACCGAAGGUAAGAUGUCCGUGUCCACCCUUGCAAUCCAUAGCAAUAAACGACAGGAAACAGCUUCAAUGCCUUAGUAUGGUCCUAAAUAACAAAAAUAGACCAUUAUUUUUGGGAUUCAACUGAUGCGAAGACACGUCAGUUUUAGCUUUUUAAAUAGAUAGCGCAUAAUUCUAAUUCUAAUUCUAAUGGAGCCUGAAACUGAAUAGUUUUGUUUUCUGUCGAAUCUUAAUGUUUCCCUCCUUUAAAGACGAUGUUCGUGAUGUUGGUUACACGUGAUGAUUAAAGCCUUCAGUAAUUGCAAAAAGUAAGCCGUGUCUUCUUAUUUUAGACACUUCGUCCUCUCUUUCCAAGUCAAGUGCUCCCUUUCCAGGCGUCAAGCUAUUUAUGAACCAGCUGGAGGAGCUGCUAACUCAAGAACAGUCACGUGGUAGAUCUAAGGCCUCGUCCAGUGGUCUCACGAUCUCCAUGACGCACAAGCGAAAUUCUCUGGAGUUGCUUCUUGUUGGAACGCAUCCCGUGUGUCCAAAGAGUAUGGAGGCACACAAAAAGCUGCGGACACAUCAAGAAGAAGCGUUCAGGUAUAAUUGCAAUUUAUUUAAACCAAGAUACAUCAGCAUUAUGACCGGUGAUCACCAGUUUUUGUGCAAUUUUCAAUGACUGUUGAUUACUGUGGUGUGCUUGAAAAAUUUAUUGGACCGUAGUCUAAGAGAGAUCUCCAUUUGACUGAUUGCUAGAGGCAAAAAAGGAGUUGCAAGCAGCGUGGAAGAAAAGCGAAGUAAGGAUCUUUCGCAGCCCGCUCGGGUGUUAGUUUCGGCUCUCGCGAUCUCUAAAAAUGAAGCUUUCUCACAGGAUCGCUCGAAGUGUCCUGACUCUUUCCUGAUACAGCGGGAAGUAAUGUCCUGGCAAUAUUUUCAGAGCUGGUCCCAAGGGUGUCCCACUUAGAGCUUGCUCACAGGAACGCUGGACGUGUGCUGGCUCUUUCCUGAUACGGCGGUGAAUAAUGUCCUGGAUAUUUUCAGAGCUGGUCCCUAGGGUGUCCCGCUUGGAAGCAGCUCACUGUUUAAGACUGGUUUUCACUAGCGACAUAGUUGGUGUCGUGAUAAUUGCGAUUAUUGUAUUUGAAAGAGUGCUUAUGACCGAAUAAAAAUUAACAAUCGGAGUUGCAAUCCAAAAUGGUAAGAAUCCGUCGGUUAGGAUCCAGUGCAGCCUGGGUUCAAUUUGCGGCGGCAACACCACAUGUUGGUUGAGUUUGUUAUUAAUCAACACUUCUUUUUUCAGGCGACUGGAGCAAGCAUUGGACGAAGGGGAUACUCUUAUUCAAAGCGUAGAAGAAGUCUCCCAGAACGCACAGGCCCAGAGGAGUCUUGGCGGAAAAGCUUCGUUCGAUCAAACGGAGAGGGGCCUGGCAGUGAGAAUUGGACUAGUAGAGGUACAGAAGGCAUUUGAUUGCGUAGAAAGCUCUUGUCACGUGACCACAGCUGUUGGAGGGAGCCUGGAAGAGAGAUGGGAUUAUAUGAGCAGUUUGUUCAAACACGUUGAUGCUCUUUCAAGUCUUCUGCUGUUUUGGAAGACGAAGUCAGCUGGUAAAGUGUAAACAUUUCUUGUUAGCCCUUACAGAUAGACGUACGUCAACCGGAAGUGGGGACUUUUCCUUUCAAUAUGCCUUGACGUUUUAAAACUUGUAUCGCUUAGUUACUUUUCACUUGUAGAGAAGAUCUUUUCAUCAUCAUCAUCAUCAUCAUCAUCAUCAUCAUCAUCAUCAUCAUCAUCACCAUCACGACCACCACCAUCACCACCACCACCAUUGUCAUCAUCAUUGUCAUUGUCAUCGUUAUGGUUGUCAUUAUUAUUAUUAUUAACUAGUUUUUUUUAAUGAAACAUUGCAUUUCAGAUUCUACUUCUUCAGUUCCCCCUGAAGUCGACAUGAAUCGUCCAAAUGUUUUGAAAGCCUCCAAUCCUUUUAUUGUGUUAAAUGAAGGCAUCGCAGAAGCUCUUGGAGUCCCCAUGUUUGAAAGAAACAUUCCCCCUAAAGAGUGAGUGUCUGUGUUGUGAUCGCCGGGGUUAAGUUUACUGUACUUUAAGCGCAUUUAAAUAUUGCUCAGCAAUUGAAAAUAGAAUAGACCGAUCAUUUUUGUUUUGCGCUGAAAAUCUUGGAGUCUUUACGUUCGACGGUGGAGCGGCCAUUUUCCAUUAUAUCGUUAUCGAAAUCUGGGAAGACGACUUAUUACUGUGGGUACGGAGGGUAGGUCGAAGAAUUUACAUAGGAGCGAUAGAGAAGGCAAAUCUAGAAACAAUAUGGAAAUUUUCCUUUCUGUUCGUUAACAAUGCCGCUCAGAUAUAGUAUGGGAAAUUUGGGAAACUAUUAUAGUUUAACUCUUGAAACCAUGUUUUCUUUGCAGUUUGGAGAAAGCAGCUAAAAAACUCCACGUCAAUUUAUCCAAGGUAAUAGUGUACAACUGCUGCCCUCCUGUAAAGGCUCGCGGAGGAAUCAGUGACAGAGGUUUGUACAAACUCCGUUUUGGUUAGGUCCGGAGGGAACUAACGCACCAACUCACUACACUACUCGCGGCUUCCUCUUUUAAAACAGUUGACCUCUGGGCAAGAAGUCUUCCCAGGUCUUGAUUCCGCGUUUACUUUGUUUUUAAGUUACUCGGCUUUGAGAUUCGUUGAGAAAUCUCGCUUCAUUUUAUUGACCAAUCAUAGCUUGCUAAUGAUAAUAGUAACAGCCGCUUUCUCUCCGCUGGCAGCCGUUACACGAUUUUCCUUUGAGAUUGUGAUUUUUUUAAGUUGCUGGGCUUCUGAUUUGCUCAGAACUCUCGCUCCAUUUUCCCAACCAAUCAUAGCUUGCUUACACCCGUUUUCCCGUCAUUGGCAGCCGCCACGCGGUGUUGCUUUGAGUUAUGUUUGUUUCAACUUAUGUUGUUACUGACCUGAGUAAUUAGUCUGGCUUUAUAGUACAACGGAAAACUGCUGUAAACCAAAACCAGUUGACUUGUGAAGGGAGUUGUCUAACCUGCGCUGUACCGUCUAUUAUUUUAAGAUUUUUCUCUUGUUGAUAGAUGUUCGGUGGCCUUCCUCUGAUCCUGUUAUCUUGAAUUCCGGCAGCAGAUGGACGGAGAGUGUUCGAGACCCCAAUACUGUGGCUAAGGAUUUGUUGUCACGUAUGAUUAAAAUGCUUAAAGGUAAUAAAUUUUAAUAAUAAUUAUAAUUAUAAUUAUAAUAAUUAUUUGUUACACUAUCCAGUAAUAAUUAUUCAUUACAUGGUCCAUGAAAAGAUAUGAGUGUCGUUAGGUGAGCUGUUUUCAGUUUUUCACAGGCAUGAAAACUCGUUAAAGAACCUCCUUGAAAGAUUAAUAUGAGUUAAUUUUCUUCUUGAUUAAAAGCGAUAAAAUAUCAGUUCAUCAACUGGCUUUUCCUUGCUGCUAUGCCAAACAUUUCAAGCAUAACUUCCCAAAAGGAAGAAAAAAAGAAAUCAUUUGAUUGUUCUAGCAAAUGUGUACAUUGUCCCCUAGAGACUGAACAAAGCAUCUGCAUCAAUGCAACAUGUAAUUUGAGGAAAAAUGAAAUCAUAUUUGCGUUGAGUAGGUUUUUCAUCUCUAUCCAAUUUUCAACCCUAAGGGAAGUGAAUUCCUUUGUCAUUAAAAGCGCACCUCUGGAAAAAAGUUUGAUUGUGGUGGUAUUUAGUUUGUCUAAAGCUUUCGCACUGGAAAAGUAGUUUCAAAAUAGCUUACUGACCAUUGUGUGAUGUUGUACUUGAGACUGGGUCUUUGUCGUGUCAAAUUGCACUAUGGGAUUUAGCCUGCGAGCAAGCUCUCCCAUUUGGGUAAGCGAAGUGAGCCUCGCCCCUCGCCGGCCCCUCGCGGCUUCGCCGCUCGCUCGCGCGUUCUCGCGAGACUCGCUUCACUCGCCCAAAUAGGAGAGCUUGCUCGCAGGCUAUAUGGGAUUGUUUUGAAGGACGAAUUCUGACCCAGUUUUCAGCGCAAUUUUGUAAUAGCCAAUGAAAAAAAUGACAGCGUUCCCAAAAAAAGUCCCAUAGUGCAAUUCGACACAACUCUGACCCAGUCUCACGUUUUAAAUGAUUUCUUUCAGAUGUGGCUGAGACACACGGCGGUCUUGUAGACGCCAAGUCGGCGCCUAACGCCAUAAGGACUCCAGAGUUCCAAGCCAUCGCACGUGGCACGGCCGAACUUCAAAGCGUCAACUUGGGCCUGCUGAACUCAGAAGCCGCUAAAGUGACCUUUUUUGUCAAUACGCUUAAUCUUCUUAUAGCGCAUGCUUCACUGAUUCAAUUUGCUGACCCGUCCGUUGAUGAUUUAAGUGAGGUAUCGUCUCCUAUUGCCAGACAUGGUUCAUUCACUCGGCUCGUAGAUGCGUUAUCAACGUCCUCAGGGGGAGAAAGCAAAGGCGGAGAACAUGUGCCCUUGACGUCCCUGGAGAGAAUUUCGUUCCUAAAGCAGCAUUGUUACUUUAUAGGGCAGCUGGGUGUGGUAAGGUAAGAAAUGAAAUGUCACGUGAUCAACAACAAAAAAUUCAAGUUCCAAAUUCUAGAAUGGUCAAAUAGAUUGGCUCAUUACAGAGACCGUUGAAGGACAAAGCGUGUGUUUCGGGGGUCCAACAAGCCUCAAAAUCACACCAGUGGCAGAGCAGGACGAAGACACAACGAAGAGAAGGGAAGGAGAAGACGGAGGAAGUGGUAGUUGCAGUCCAGAUUUAUGGUGGCUCCAUAGCAACAGCCAUUAUAAAGCAUGCACCAUUUUAAAAACCCAGUCAGAUUUUUAUGCUAGGAAAUUUUUAUGCGCUAUUUUACCCCUCUUUGACUGUCCAUGCAAUCCUAGUUUUGUCUUUGUUUUGUUACUAGUGCGUUUGAUCUUCAAUACGUUAUUUUACACAAGGGACUUGUGCCGCCAAGCACGUUUGGAGAGGGUGUCAUCAUGUGCUUUCCAGGUGAAAUUUUAGUCUUUCUCCCUUCACUGUGAAAUUGUUAGAGACUUUUUUAAUGAACUCGCUGAAUUCAGCAUUCUGCAUCUAGUUGCACGCUGAAGAAUCGAUUAACUCCGAAAUAUCUGUUUUGAUCACAGUAAUUUUGGCCACUUGGAACAAUUCUCUUGAUUAUUACAUUUUGAGUGCCACGCGGCAAACAACACUUUUCGUCCUAGGCGUAUUCACACCCACCCACAUUUGAAAUAAAUUGGAGAAAGCCUCCACCAUCGCCUUACCCUCCCCUCUCCUCCUCCUCAUAUCUCCCUCCCCCUCCCCUCCUUUCCCAUCACUUGUACGUCUGAGGUUUAUGAGACUAAUCAACUUUGUUUACCGUGAUAAAUUUUUUUACUCAAGAUUGUCUGCGUAUCUAUCAGCAACAGCUGUGCCUCCCAGUUCCCCCUUUUCAAAUGGAGCCCUCUGAGAGGUUUAAUCGUUCUUGCCAAGAGUUCAUUCAUGAUGGUAUGUUUCAACUUUUUAGAGAGAACAACUGAUGAAGUCAAAAGGAAAUAUAGGCUGACCGCAGCUGAAAAACGAAUCAUCUUUGCCAUUUGCGAUGGCUGCUUGACAUCGCCGGACCUUCAGGUAGACUUUAAGGGUCGGUUAUUUAAACAAAGUCUAACUUUAGAUUGCGGUUUAGGAAAUCUUUGAACCUCCAGUUUUUUUCUUUAGUGGGUUUUUUUAAGAAGAAAAAUGCUUUUCUAGUCUACAUUACGUGCUUUAUAAUGAAACUGUUCACGAAAAAUGGUGUUUAGAUAAAAGCGUUCGGCAAAGUGAAAAUGGCUUAGAACGCGGUUUUGUUCAACACUGGCUAAACUCCAUUUAAAUAACUCACCCUAAAGCUUUCCAGUCACUGUUUUUCGUAUUAUUCGACAGUACUUUAAGACGAGACGGCAGUAUUCAUUACGCUGUGUAAACAGAGGGCGCGAUCCAUUCAACCAAAAUUCAGACCGGUCCGACCGGGAAAAGAGGACCACCUCAAAAGGUGGACCAGUUUUUUCGAAACUUUUCCGGUUGGACCGAACCGAUCCAUUGAGUUUUGGACCGAAAUUUCCGGAAAUUUUGGUUGAAUGGAUCGCGCCCAGAAACUGACUUUAGGUCCGUGGGGUCUGUUCAAUGUUACGACUACUCAAUUGAAACCUCUUCAACUGUACUUUCACAUGAUACUCUUUUAUGAUGCUGUAAAAAUAUGCUCUUUCUUUUGAGUCUGUGGUCAAAAUCCUACUCUAUCACCAUUCAAAUGUAACCGCGUCAAUAGAAGUGAAAUGGCUAAUGCCGAUUCUCAAAAUACUGCGAAGAAGGACCUCAUUUAAUUUACCUUUGUCUUGCUUUAAAUUCAGGUGUUUGAUGUAGACGAAUUUGAAGCAGAGCUGUCAACCGCUGUACGUUCGUACAUAAAUUCCCGCGUAACACUCAACCAGGAGACAGGACAGAUAACAUUGCCUGAAAUCCUUCACUGGUAUAGAAAAGACUUCGAAAUAAGAUCUUUUAAUACAAUAGACUCUCCGGCCGGACAUGAUGUGUCCCUUUUACUUCAAAUGGAGCCGUAUCUGUACGAUAAAGCCGCUGCAACGCUACAGCAAAUGCUCCCAAAUAUCACUGAAAUUACCUUCACCCCAUUUUGUUGGACGUUUGGCUACAAGUUUGAGUCCCCUACGCUCGAGCGGUCUUCCUCGAGCUCAGUCUUCCAGCGGUCCAACUCUGUUCCCGACAGUAUUUACUUGAGCAUGGAGCUAUCAGUUCUUGCCCGAACAAGACAAACCGAAAAGAGAGGCUUGUUUAGCUUAAACGAUGCCACGCUUGAGUAUUUAAAAGAAAAGUCACCGCUAGUCGCGGCGUUAGCGAGGUUAGUUUGCUCUGCUUCCGAAACAUCACAGAGCGUAGCGGAAAACAGCCCAGUGACCUCAAGUGCAACUUUAAAGAGUAAAAAUGUGGACUCUAAAGACGAACCAAUAGAAUUUCCUUUUCUAGUAGCUCUCGAGGAAACUAAACAAUUUCGAUUUCUUCAGCGCUACAUCGCUUGUAAACUGUACACGAUAGCGGACAUGUUAACAUUAGCUCCAGUAGAUUCAGAAGAAUCGGGUGGAAGCUGUGGCAGUUUUGAUAUCAUCAAGCUUGAUUCCAACCUGCAUUAUCUACAAGACGGCACGCAUGUCCCGGAAAUUUCUCUGUUCUCUGUGGCUUUAGCUUCUGAGGGAAGCCGGCCUAUGCAAAAUGCUAUCCUCAAAGCUAGCGAUUUUUUUUUACGCAAAGGUUACUUUGAAGAUCUCUUAGAGUUAAUAAGUUCCUCGGAUCUUCGUGGCGAUGGCGUCGGAGGUCCGGGUAUUGAUUUUCUACUGAGCUCUGCGAUUUUGAGCAAAGGAGGAACGAGAUCGGAUUUCCGUGAAAAAAUGAACACUGUCUUCAAUGAACUUGGAAUUCCGGAGUUGAAGUUCAGUCACUCAGUGCAUAAAAAACCAUGGACUCUCCUUGCAAGAAUGAAAGACCACAAUCAUUUGGCCCAGCUGGUUUUAGGAAAGCUGGACGAGUGGAAUGCUAAAACGUGCAUUGACAUGAUCGAUUUGUGCUUGUCUCGUCCGCUUAAAAACGCACGCGCCAAAGACGACUUAGAGAAGAAGAAAAGAGAGAUAGUCUUACAUCAAAAGGUAACUAUCAUUGCGCAGGUAAGGGAAACGCCGAAAAUUGUUGCCCUUCUUCGCCACUUUAGAAUCAGGGAGUAAACUGGACCAAGUUAACUUUUCGUUAAGACUUCUGGGACUGUAAUUAAGGACAGGGGAGAAAAUGGCCAAUAGCUGACCGGUGCGUCCGCAAUAAUAACCUGUUCCAGGCUCCGAGAUAGUGGUGAAAAGUCGUUCAGUAAAAAGAAAUGCGAAAAACGCGCAGGGGCUGGGGAGAGACAGGGCAGGUUCCUCCGCUGCCACCGCCCCCUUUCCCAAGUCGCGCGCGUCUUAUUUUUAAUGCGUCCCCACUAUACUAUCUGAGAGCCUGGCACAGGCUACCCCAGUAACGAUCCCUGAAACACUUGCGGGACGCAUUUCGGCGCCAGUUCCCUUCUACUUAGUUUCUUAAGUGUCGAAUAGAUCAGCUGAACUAGACUGUUUCGAUUCCUCGGGGAUGACACGCCGGCGAUAUACGAGGGUUCCCAAUAGGGUUCUUCAAUCCCAUAAUCCCAACCCAAAAUUUCUUGCAAUCCCGUAAUCCCGAGGGUUAUUCCCUGCAUCUUACUUCCCAAACAUACUUUCAAUCCCGGAAACUCGCCCCAAUUUUGCUUUCAAAUCCCGAAUCCCGAGCUUCAAAUAAAGAAAAUCCCGGCUCCCGAAAAACCUAUCGCGGACCCUCAUAUGCACCCGGGCGGCACGCGUCUCUCCUCCAAUUCCUUUUUCGCAUUUUUGCUCUUUCCAUUCUCAUUGUGGCAGCUUGCCGUCUCACUCUCUCAGCGGACUAAAAAGGUAUAGCUGGAAUUCUAUGGUUAAACUAUCGAACAUUCUCGUCCAACGUCAUGUUUGCCGCAAAAAACGUCAGGUGGCUAAACCAUCGAACAAAUGUUGACCAACCGUCAAACAGUUGCCUUUGUGCAGAUUCAGAUGCGGUUUCUAAUUGGUUUUUCCUCUUUUAGCUUGCUUUGUCGUGAAGAAAAUGUUGGAUAAAUUUGUUUGUUCUAGAUAUGACAUGGGCGAGAGACGACUAAACAAUAGAACGGGCUCUUCCAGCGUAAUGUUGGACGAAAAUGUUUGAUUAUUGUUGAGAAUGAGUAACAAAUGCAACUCCUUGGAAAGUGAUCUACUGUAUUUCCAUAAAGGACCCGUUCCGUACAAAAGCUGAUUACAUUUCAAUAUAUCGUGUGAGCAUGCAAACCUAAAAUACAUCAGUAACAUCUGUUCAUUGUUUCUGUUCACGAUAAGAACCGACAACGUUGAUUGACUUGAUACAUCAUUUCGUUUACUAUAAUAAGCGUAAAAGCGAAUUAUCUGUAAUCCGAUCAAAAAAUAGUUAACUUGACAGCUCCUAGUAACGCAAUGGCAAAGUAAUAAAAAACAAAAACAAAAAACAAUGUCACACUAUUUCAGAAAGCUAUCGACAAUUUUCUAGUUUUACGCAUGUUAACACAAUCCGACCAUGUUAUAUCUCAGAUUUCUCAGUGUGCAAAGUCUGCACAGUUUCAAGUCAUCAAUAAGGACCAAGAUCAGACUUCACAGUCCAAUCUUAAAACCUGGCAGGGCGUGGCCGCCGUUUCUGAAGAAGAACCGAAGGUUGUUAUGGAAUUCCUUCUGUCCGUACAGCAGUUCGAUCUGGCUGCAGAUUGGGCCGAACUUCAUGUUCUUCCAGAACAUUUUCAUAAGGUAAGAAACAUUUGUUUCCAGUGUUACCUUUAGAAUGUUUGCAUGAAUAAAAAGCAGAGAAGUGGGUGGUGAGGUUGGGGGUAAGUUUACGCUGAUUUUCUGAGAACCUGGCAAAACCCGAAUUUUGAUAUGUUUCGUGACACCAUCUAUUGGAUUAAACUUAAGCUUUAACUUGCCCACGUAAUCUGCUCCACAAGGAGCCUCGCAAAGUCCCUCCUCAGACAGCGUUGUAAUUCACCUCUUAAAAAAUCCUUAAAGGGAAUGGAUAAUACUUUUUUUUAUUUCUCGUUAGUUGGUUGUAGGAAGCCCUGGUUGUUAGAACCCCUGGUUGUAACAACCCCUGGUUGUAAGACCCCUGGUUGUAAAAUCCCCUGGUUGUAAGACCCCUAGUUGUAAGAACCCCUGGUUGUAAGACCCCUGGUUGUAAGAACCCCUGAUUGUAAGACCUCUGCUUGUAAGAACCCCUGGUUGUAAGACCCCUGGUUGUAAGAAGCCCUGGUUGUAAGACCCCUGGUUGUAAGAACCCUGGUUGUUAGAACCCCUGGUUGUAAGAACCCCUCGUUGUAAGACCCCUGGUUGUAAGAACCCCUGCUUGUAAGACCCCUGGUUGUAAGAUCCCCUUGUUGUAAGAACCCCUGGUUGUAAGACCCCUGGUUGUAAGAACCCCAGGUGAUAAGAACCCCUGGUUGUAAGACCCCUCGUUGUAAGAACUUCUAGUUGUAAGAACCUCUAGUUGUAAGACUCCUGGUUGUAAGAACCCCUGGUUGUAAGAACGGCUGGUUGUAAGACCCCUGGUUGUAAGAACCUGUGGUUGUAAGAACCCCUGGUUGUAAGAACCCCUGGUUGAAAGACCUCUGGCUGAAGACCCCUGGUUGUAAGAACCCCUGGUUGUAAGAUCCCCUGGUUGUAAGAACCCCUGGUUGUAAGAAACCCUGGUUGUUAGAGCCCUUGAUGUAAGAACGCCUGGUUGUUAGAACUCCUGGUGGUAAGAACGCCUGGUUGUAAGACCCCUGGUUGUAAGAUUCCUGGUUGUAAGGACCAUUGGUUGUAAGACCCCUGGUUGUAAGAACUCCUUGUUGUAAGAACCCCUGGUUGUAAGACCCCUGGUUGUAAGAACCCCAGGUGAGAAGAACCCCUGGUUAUAAGACCCCUGGUUGUAAGAACCUCUAGUUGUAAGAACCUCUAGUUUUAAGACCCCUGAUUGUAAGAACCCCUGGUUGUAAGAACCCCUGGUUGUAAGACCCCUGGUUGUAAGAACCCCUGGUGUAAGAACCCCUGGUUGUAAGACCCCUGGUAGACCCCUAGUUGUAAGAACCCCUGGUUUAUAAGAACCCCUGGUUGUAAGACCCCUGGUUGUAAGAACCCCUGGUUGUAAGACCCCUGGUUGUAAGACCCCUGGUUGUAAGAACCCCUGGAUGUAAGACCCCUGGUUGUAAGACCCCCUGGUUGUAGGUCCCCUGGUUGUAAGAACCCCUGGUUGUAAGAACCCUAGUUGUAAGAAUCCCUGGUUGUAAGAACCCCUGGUUGUAAGAACGCCUGGUUGUAAGAACCCCUGCUUGUAAGACCCCUGCUUGUAAGAACCCCUGCUUGUAAGAACCGCUGGUUGUAAGACCCCUAGUUUUAAGAACCUUUUGAUGUAAGAACGCCUAGUUGUAAAACCCUUGGUUGUAAGAACCCCUGGUUGUAAGACCCCUGGUUUUAAGAACCUUUUGAUGUAAGAACGCCUAGUUGUAAAACCCCUGGUUGUAAGAACUCCUUUUGGUAAGAACCCUUAGUUGUAAGAACCCCUGGAUGUAAGGUUCUUUGGUUGGAAGAACCCCUGGUGGUAAGAACCCCAGGUGAUAAGAACCCCUGGUUGUAAGAACCUCUAGUUUUAAGAUCCCUGGCUGUAAGAACCCCCGGUUGUAAGACCCGUUGUAAGACCCCUAGUUUUAAGAACCGCUGGUUUUAAGAACCCCUAGUUGUAAGACCCCUGGUUGUAAGAACCCCUGGUUGCAAGAACCCCUAGUUGUAACCGGUAGUAGACUUGGAAACUUUCUUAUUGAAGAUAUUAUCAUUGUAGCCGUAAUCGCAAUUUAAACAAUUUUUUUAUGAAAAGCAAUGUUAGGGCUCUAACGGGGUUGAGACCAUGGCCUCUGCGUUAGGGCUGCAGUGCUCUACCAACUGAACUAUGAAGACCCAUACGUUGGGGCAGGUAAAUUUGUUGGCUUCAUCUUAACCCGUGAAAGAAUGAAACGUGGAAUGAAAAUAAUGUGAACUGCGGAAAUACAAAUCGAAAAGAAGGUAUGACCAUCGCUAUAGCACUUUUCGCCUUGGUUUUACCUCAGUACGUUUUGAGAAGAACGGCUUUAAGACCUUUUUCGAUUAGGGCGAUUUUGUUCACUCUCACAGCUUUUUAUUUUUUUUUUCUUGGAACAGACUAUCAAGGAAAGUCAACUGAAGCAGCUGUUAUCUCAUAACCCGGAGGAGCACAUGAAAGCCUACAGGAUACUGGAAGGUCUUCAAGAUCACGACAUGACUCGCGCUAUCUGCGACUCUCUUCUCUCACAAAAUCUUCACGUCGGUCAAACGCUGUUUAUACUUCAGUUCAUGCUCACUAAUCUAUCCUCGUCGCUGUCUCCAGUCCGUACAGAGAGAUUACUUUGUACUAAAAUGGGCGCCAAAGCUUUGCUGUGUUUACCAGUCUCAGCGAGGCCAAAUUAUGAGCAUCUCGUGUCCAGGCCGCCGCUGCUAUUGGAGCAGUUGCUUAUGAAUAUGAAAGUGGAGUGGGCUGCCAAAGUGUUCCAGCGAAUUCAGGUACGAAAAGAGUACUAACAAAUUUCCUGACAGCGCGCCCCGCUCAUUGGCUUCUCCAAGGUCACAUGACAAUUGACGUUGAAACUGUUUCCCGCCAAAUUUUCUGAGCAAGCAACAUGAGAAAAUCUAUGUCGUCAAAAGGUCACGGUGCACUGCUAACCGCAAAUGUUGACCGCUAUUUUGUUUUCAUAUUGGAUCUUCCAGUGUCUCAAUUGUGCAAAACUAAUGCACUAAAUUUCUUACUGAUCGCACCCUUGAGAAAUCAAUUACGGCUAAGAAUACCGUUCGUUAUACGGAGGACUUAAAUAGAGGUUCGUUCUAUCGAGUUGUCAGUUCAGUUUCGUCUUAUAGCCUCGCUGCUCAAUAAACAGGUACUUAGUAAAAAAGAAUAUGGCGGGAGGGCAAUCUAGUCGGUGGGACUGGAAAUUAGCUUUUGAAAUGAUGUAAUCUCGUUGCGUUUCUCCUUCCACUGCUUUUCAUGCUCUACAACAACGCAUUUUUUGUCUUAUGUGACUGUUAGUCCCCCUCCACUCGAAUCCAGAUAUUUUUUUAAAACCGCAUAUAUUUUUACGCGAAUCAGCCUUUCGUCCACUCGAAACCAGUGAAUCCGCUCACUGAAACCGCAGCUGUUUGAAAGCACUUUCCUGAAUGGUUUAAGGCCUCGUUCACACGAAUCCGGGUAAACCCAGCGAUGUGGUUUCAGAGUUUCCAGGUUCGUGUAACCCAUUGCAAUCCACUCUGAUACAGGUGUUGCACUCUUUUCAUUGAGCUACCCCUCCCCUAAGCAAAAACUUUGCCCUAAGUGAGAACUAAGAGUUGAUGUUGGCUCAGGGGAGGGGUAGGUUGGCAGUUUCCCAGAAAACGUAUAAUGAUCGAAAAUGUGUUGGGAUUAUAACAGGUUGACCUGAGCUGCAUGGAAGAUGUCGAAAGUCUAGGUGAUUACGGAUGUACUGUGAAGGCGUUUGAUGAGCUGUUAGCUACCUACUCUGCCAAAGCGCUGGAGUUUCAGGUUGUUCAGUUAGAGCGAAGUCAGACCAGAGGUGGGUAAAAGGCCAUUUCCGAGAUCCAAAAACCCUCAUUUUCAAAUCAGGGCUAAGUGCAAAAUUUCUCUUGUGGUAAUGAGUUUUAUUUGCAUGAGAAUAUUUCAUUAAAUCAUUAUCAUAUCAAUGGCUUCGCGCUUAGCCUCACUUGGAAACGGAAGCUUGGGGCACCUUGGGAAUGCGUACUCGUACAUUUGAAAAAAUGUUAAGCAAGGAGUUAUAUUUACCAUAUAGUAUUUUAGUCUCCGCUUUUCUAGCGACAUUUCGAACUUGCCGAGUUCCUGUGUAGCGUCUUCCCUUCCUUCUCGGUCAGUGCAUUUCGGUGACAUAAAUCGCUGAGAGCACGUGACCCAAUACGCAUUGGCCGCGCGGAAUAAUGAGGCCUAGGGACUGGGCAAAUUUUGAAGGUCAUCUUUUAACAUGUUUCAAAAGCCUUCAAGUCAUCGUUAACACUAUUCUUUGUUAUUUAAAAAAUCAUUAAUUAAGCGAUCACCUUACAAUUCAUGAAAGACAAUAGACAGAUACGCGAUUCGGCGGUGUACCUACAGUAUAUCCAGUGGAAUCCCGGUCCCGGUCACUUGUCACCACUUAUGGACCAUGAGUUUUUAACCGUAUUGACGAGUUGGCCGUAUCAGCAGAGUGGGGUCGUAUUUCUUGACGUUCAUAUGACAUUUGUAGUUUGAAGCAACUUUUCUAAGAGAAUUAGGUGCGUUUCUUUGGGAUGAUUCAGAUUAGGGUUUAUGAUCCACAAUCACUCGGAUCGUGGUUCAAAUUAAUGCUUAUUACAGCUCUCAGUUGACUAAGACGUCAUCUUACUAGCGAACCGUUGCUGAUGUAAUCGUUGUGUCUCAAUAGAACUUUGCAGCAGCAUUAUGCAAAGUCUGAUCCACACUCCCUCUUCAUCGCCGACUCCCUCGACUUCAAUGGGCGGUAGAAUGACGCCACUUCCUGAGUCUGGGCGCUACACACCCGUAACCUCGACACCAGUGAAAGACAGAGGAGCUCGUGAGUCCGGCGUUGGAAGCCUGGAGAGAAAAUCCCAAACCGUCCCACGAAGAAGAAUUUCCACAGAGUCACGUACAUUGGCUUUGGAAAAGGAGAAGAAAACUCAGCGCCAGUCUACUCCACCGCGCACCACAGGGAGUCUGGGCAGGAAGACGUCUCAGAUGACUGCAGUACAUGGCGGUCAGCAGAUGUUCGUUCCACCAGCUGCUCCUCCUAAGAAAGCGAACUGGAUGCCAGACCAACAAGUUUCCAUGUGUGUCAUCUGCAGAGAGAUCUUUAGCAUGGUAGGUCCCCGAACGCUUUGUGCGUCUUACUCCAAGGUCUCGUGGGUUGGUGGUCAGAAAUAUAGGCUGCACUUGGCAGUGUAAGAUUGCUUUAAAGACAGGAAGUAAAUUUGUGGUCUUUGCUGUAAAAUGCUCAUCAAUUGUUACUCUUUGGAGGAGGGACUUCAUUGUUAUACGGUGUCUUCAAUGUUUGUUUGUUUGUUUUUGUUGGGCAAAAAAGGCACCAGACAAAUGACCUCUGUUUUUUGUCUACAGUGUUCAUAGGAGAAAAUUAUUGAAGCAGGGAAAAUGAUUGAAAUGAAUAGUUUUUAGUCUAUUCAGCAUGUCAAGGUUGAACUCAACCGUUGGAAGAAGAGAGAUAAAGUUAAACCCCGUUAAUACGGACACUGAGGCGAACAUAGAAAAUGUCCGUAUUAAGCGGGUUGAAUUUAGAAAAAAUGCAAGGGCUUUCUUUCCCCGGGAACAAAGCAACUGCUCGUAAUGAUGAGUUGUAUCAAACGGGUGUCCGUAAAGCGGGUUUUGACUGUAUGAACUUCGGACUUUCGGAUUACUAAAACUGAACCAAAACGUUUACACAUCUUUGGCCAUUUCUUAGUGAAGCUUGUUUGUUUUUGCUUCUUUUCAGUUCAACCGUCGUCAUCAUUGUCGGCGAUGUGGUCGGGUUGUUUGCGGGACAUGCUCUGAGCACAAUCAUGUUGUCACGGGAUACGGGAAGAAUCCCGUGAGAGUAUGUGAUACAUGUCAUGAAUACUUCUACUCCAGCAGGUAGAUGGCGGGUAUCGUAAAUAUGGUCUAUUGUUUUAUAGCUGGAAAUUUUUUCCAGAGAGCUCGCGCUCUCAUUCGUUACUUUGAGGUCACGUGACAGCUCACAAUGAAACUAAUUCCCGCCAAAAUCUCUGAGCGGGCAACAUUGCAACAUUUUUUGACAUCAGAGGGUAACAGUGCACUGUCACCCGCGAAUGUUGACCGACGACCGCCGUUACAGCGAGGUUUAAUGAAUUUCCCGCUUCAAAAUUUCCAGCUAUAUAACAAAUCACUUAAAGAGUGGCUUCGGGAAACAAAAUUAAUUGUUUCCCUCGCGGCCAGUCAUUAAGUGUUUAUUGUACUGUGGGACUAUUUUGGAAGACAAACCUUGACCUACUUUCCUACGCGACCUUACCAUAGCAAAUCAAGAAGCAGCGGUAAUGUACAUACAUACAUACAUACUUUAUUGGCUCGUCCCCACGGGGCUUUUCAGAGUCAAUUUUACAUUACAAAAUUAUAAACCAAGUACAUGACAAUAAGAAUAUAACAAUGAUAAAAGAAGACAAAGGUCAAUAAAAUUAAUUAAAUUAAUUAAAUAAAGCAGUCAUUAAGAAGCUUUUGCCUGAGUAAACACUUGAAUUCCGUCACGGAUGGGCUAAGUUUGAGCGCAGGCUGCAACUCAUUCCAGAGAGAGGUUGCUCUAUAUUGAAAGGUCCUUUGGCCGCUGGCAGUGCGGAAGAGUGGUAUGUUCAAAAGUUGAGAAUUUCUCGUAUUCCUUGUCGAGACGGCGGAUCUUCCAACGAGCUUUGAUGUCAAAUACUCCGGAGCACAACUCGUCAUGCACUUAAAAACCAGAACAGCAAAACGAAAAUAAAGUUGUUGCCUGAUUGGUAGCCAGCGCAAGUCUUUUAGCAAAGGAGUUAUGUGAUCGAAUUUUUUAGCGCCGCUCAAAAUACGACAAGCGAAAUUCUGUACUGCUUGGAGCUUGUCCAGAUUAGUUUGAGUAGUAUUGCUCCAAACAGAAGAGCAAUAGAAUAAUUUACUAAAAACUAAGGCAUUUAUAAUAAUAAUUAGCGCGUGUUUAUUAAAAAUAUAUUUAACGCGGUUAAUUUGACCCAAACGUGACAUGCAUGAGGAUACAGUAGAAACAAUAUGCUCAUUAUAUGUUAAGUUAGAGUCCAGUGUGACACCAACGUCUCUUGCAGCCUUAACGGGCUCGAGUUCCUUCCCCAAUAGAAAUAGCCUAAAGUCGCUAACCUUAGCAGUCAUUUGCCGGCUGCCGAAUAUCCUAUAAUAUAAUAAUAUAUAUAAUAAUAUACUAUGUCUCUCAUACAAUCCCAUGAUGCAAUUGUACACAACACCUAGCCAACCUCGCGUCCAUCCUUAAAUGGUCAAUGUUGAUACCUUCCUUGGUCCAACUGGAGUACCAAUAACAGCCUUGAUCAAUAAACUUUACCUAUGUUUUGAAUUCUUUUCCUCCUCUAACUUUCUGUAAUCUUCGUUUACCAAAAUGAUUUACGUUAUCUUUUUUGUCACUUUAUCGUUAGGUCCCGUCCGUUCCGUGACGAAUACUCAUCUCCUAUUCGUUCUGAACCAGUUUCUCUUGAAACCGGUCAUUCCCAAGGUAACACAUUCUUUGUUAAGAGUCAUUGCAUGAUUUAUGUCACGUGACGACUGCUUACGUCACAAUGGAGUUAGUGGUAAGGUCUCAAAAUACUAUGAGCAAAAAGAGAAAUAUCAAGGGACGGGUAGGUUGGGGAAAACCUGAAUCUUAGGCUGCUUCAAAGAAGUUAUGUCACGGCUGCUCAGUGGAUUUAUCCUUAAUUUUUUUGUUUUAAAUUUGCAAUCCAUGUUAAUCUUCUCCAUUUUUCACCAUCCUUAAUCCUCUCUAGUUAACUGUACCUUUUUUGGUCGUUUCCCAUUUAUUCAAUUAUGUAUUUUGAGGUUUAUUUCAGUUUCAAAAUAAUUCUGUCGCGUUACAAACAACGACUCAAAAGUUUGUGACAGGACCCCACUAUUUAAAGCACCAUCGGAGUCUCCUCUCCUUUGUUGUUUUAGCAAAUCUAUAAUUUCUCUUUCUUUUGACUGGUUAUCUUUGUAGAUUACCCAGAUUCGAGUGCGAACAACAGUGCGUUUGGCAGUUACCUGGGCGGAAAUUCUUCCACAGAGUGGCUCACUGAGGACCUGAAUGCGCGCUGUCUGUGGAAACUAAGUUUGGAUGAGGAGAAUAACUCUUUACUCAGGGAAGAGUUUUUUUACGAACAGGUAGCGUUUUUCGAUGAGCUUCAAAGCUCUAUAUUUAGAAAAGAGAUUGCUUGGUUUUUUAAGCCUCUCUUGUUUGGGGGGAGUUGGGUACAAUCAUCCCAGUGAUAGUAAAGACUACCGCUCAAGUCUUCACACUCCUGCGCAGUUUAUUUGCAAGUUGAGGAACUUAUCCUGUUACUUCUCGCACGUGUUAAUUAUAAAUUACCGAAAUUCAUAAUUGCUUUCGAGACAAUACAAUGUUUUCCACUGAAUUCUGAUGACCAGUACCACCAUAACGAUCGUUUUACCUCACUAGGCACCCAGUGCUUCCUUGUGUGUAUCCAUAUUGGACCUUCACAGUGACACCAAGGCCUGUGGUAGGCUCAUUCUAGACCUGUGUAACUCACUCUCUCAAAAGUUGGUCCCUGUGGCCCCAGGAGUCAGGAAUGAGGAGCUGGACCACAAUCUUGUGAUCAGGUAAGUUUUGAGUAUGGAAAACUAAGCUCUAGCGCGUGAUGUCAAAGUGGAUUGGCAAACUACAUUGACGAAGCAUCCGUAAUCAAUCUUAGAGCUCUCCUCAGUCUGUCGUGUGAGGGUUUUCUUUACAUUUUCUUUAUUUUUGUUUCAUUGAAUAUAUUUCAAACAAGAUUCUUCUUCUUAUUGUUUAUCUUAUCUUUAUAAAUUCGUUAAAAGAUACAGCUGCUAAGUCUUUCUAGUUCCGUAAAACAGGGCAUUAGAGCGGGUCUCAGAAGUUAAAAAUACACUGGGAACAGGACUUUUUAAGUAGUAGUCGAGAGCUUAGAUGCUUAAAGACUCGCUCAUUUAGCCAAACGUUUGAGUGGAAUCAUAAUGAUAAUAUUAUUCUUUUGUCAGUAUGAUACGGUAUCUGCUGUUUAACGCGAAACUCAAGAUGCUGAAGACAGGACAGACUCAAGGCGUAGAGUUGUGCGAUACGUAUGUACCAAGUUUCAUCACUUUCUAAAGUAAACAGUAGUUACCUUUUGAUUCGGGUGUGAGAACGAAGACGAGAUUCAACUUAAGAUAUUCCAAAAAAAAUUAGACACCCCAGGAAGCUUCAUUGUCCUUUUUUUGCCAUAAAAUAUAGCUAGGUUACUUUUGUUGAAAGGGGUUAAGUACUCUUUCGAUCGAAAAAUGAUAGAACUUCUAACAUUUGAUAACUUGUUUCCUCCACUUCGACAUUUUUGCCUCAACCCGUAGUAGAAUGACGACGGCUGUCGCGUUUUCCAGCCAAAAUGACGCUGGCUCACAUGCACCUUUCUCGUCAUGGUAGUCGAAAAGGUCUCUAGUAUAAUUGUUGGCGGUAAAUUUUCAUUUUUUUAAAAAAAACUCUUACGAUAAUUAUGUUCCGACUGUAUUUCACGCGCGCUUGCAUUUGGCUCGCUCUACUAUCGCUGAGGAAAAAUGGGCGACUACUCGUAAUCUAGGUAGGAAAUUUCUUUUGAGUCGUCACGUUAAUCACACUCUAUUCUCGUUCUGUUGUCACAGGUAUCUUGGUCACGUGGAUCUUAUGAAGCUUCUUGUAGAGUCCAACUGUGGAGAUAUUCCUUCACUGCGUGACCUCAUGCAUCCUGACUCUGCAAGGUGAGGCAGUGAGAGGGGCAGGGUUCAGCUUUGUUAGGUAGAGGGGUGGAGAGGGUAAGUAGCAAUGGUGAAUGUCCAUGUGAAGCACUCCUCUUGAUGGGGGCUAGCACUCGAAAAUUCAUCUUUUGAAUCUCUCCUUAGAGUGACCAAUUUUAAUUUUCUCCUAAUAGUAUCAAUACAAAAUCAAGAAAACGGGUUAUAAGAAUUAAUAAAAUGAUCAACUACGGAAAAAUGCUUUGUUUUUUUAUCAACUUAUCUCAAUCAUUUCUUUAAGGAAUUGUAUGGAGAUAAGUAUGGAGAAUUUGUAUGUCGAUGCAUCUACCAACAUAGCGGCACUUUUUAGAGCUCCACCAUUCCUGUCAAUGCUGUGAGCUGUAGCUGACAAUAUCUAUGUAAUGGGAACCGUUAUAGAUUAAAGUUGUAGAUGUAGAUGUAGAUAUUGGAGCUUGAGAGGUUAACGAUUACCUUCGAUGAUCUUCGAGGCUGGUAAUAUAUUUAUAUUACCUUUGUAGGCGUCUCCGUGACCGCUUCAUCGAAGCAGAGCGUCUCACUCUUGCCAUGGAGGUGUCUACCAAGUGUGGGCUUGACCCCUCAGGGGUGUGGGGUGCGGCCGCCUUUUCUCUCUUACAAGCGGGGGAUUUUCCUGGAGCUCGAGAGAAGUUUAGUCGCUGUAUGAAGGUAAAAGAACGCCCAAUCUACCUUGAUGCCUUUUUGCUGAAAAGAACUGAUUUGAUAUAGCGUUUCCUUCUAACAUGCAUUCAAACCGUUCAUUGCCAGAGUGAGUGAUUGUGUCUCUAAGGUAGUUCUGACUUUUGAGUCUGUGGAUGAAAUCCUAUGGUGAAACCAUUCAAAUGAAACCUCUUCUGAAGUUCUUUCACAUGGUACUAUUUAUUUAGUAUGUAGUUCUAACUUUUGAGUCUGUGGAUGAAAUCCUAUGGUGAAACCAUUCAAAUGAAACCUCUUUGACAUAACUAUGACGUAGUACAAUUUGGUUUUCCGUAUUUUGCAAAAUAAAUUUUAGAAAUUUUGUUGAAUUUUGACUUUGAUCACCUUUGGAUGUUAAAAACCGAGUUAAAAGGGAACAACCAUUCAUUUUUGCGCCUAUCCAUCAAUGCGUUCCUUGGGUUCAUUUAUUAACUCUUUUUUUAUUCAUUUAAUUAACCCUCAACGUGUCCAGUCGUGAUAAAAAAGUGAACUAAAAUGUGCUUUUUGCAGCCCGAGGAAGGAGGAAAACAGCAUCAACAACACAAUUCACAAUACCUGGAGAAGAUCAUCAAUAUUCUUCAGUCAUCACCUAUUCUGGCAUACAAACAGGUGCGUAUCACAGCUGUUCGGAGUUUUCCGGCAUGAUUGUUUUCCCCCUAAAAGAAAGUGAAAACAAAGUGACUAACACAAUAUUUUUCGUUGUGACUGUAUGCAUGUGUUAUUCUAAAUAGAAACCUAGGGCGUGGCAGCUUGUCUAGUGUUGAAGAUUUUUUCAUUUUUUUCUCACUCUUCACUGUGUUUCCUUGUUAAUGUGCUAAUAUUUGAUCCGCAGUCCACUGAUGAUCUUAUGUCUCCUUUCAACGGUCUUUUGGAAAACAGUAGGGUGAGUUAUGAUUUUCUCCGUUUUAUCUAUUUUUUUUUUGUUCACUUCUGUUUAAAACGCUUGACAUUAUACGCGAUAAUCACAAGAGUUUUUGUCACCAUCACAAUAAGCAUUACUAUCUAGGGGAAGAAGACUCGAAGAAAUUGCUUCGUCGUAAGUGUUUUCCUAGUUCAGUUUUCAUUAGAGCGCUUUAUAGAUUCUAAGACGAGAACGACUACGAGUACGAGAUUUUCUCAAUAGUAAGUAGUGCUACUGUAAUUUCUCACGCGUUUGCCUACUCGUCAAGAUGGCGUCGAAAACCGUGACAAGGUCUGUAACGAUAACAGUGCUAACUUUUCUGGUGAAAAAAAGGACAAUGAUUAAUUUCGGGGUGUCUAUUUUUUGACAGCACGUGAAAAAACUUAAAUCAAAUCUCGUACUCGUAGUCGUUCUCGUCCCCGAAUCUAAAGGUCUCUGUUGGUUCUGUGCUUGUGUUGUAGAGUUUCCAAGGUGGUAACUCAUGCCUUGACUCUAAGCGUUUUGAUGAGUGCCUCUAUUAUCUUCACACGUACGGCAGUCCCUCAUCGCUUGUGGCCUUUUAUGUAAGACACGGUUGUUUUAAACAUGCCUGCAGAUACAUCCUAGAUCAGGUAAGUCCGCGGUUCAAUCUAUAUUUGUAUUCUUUAAAGCAGCUAUGUCACACUAUUUUUAUGAUUUUGCUUUUUUUCUUUUUUUCGGGAGCAAGGGAUGGCGCAGCGGUGAGAGCGGCACUUGCCUGCCACCAAUGUGGCCCGGGUUCAAAUCCCGGCAUUGACGCCGUGUGGGUUGAGUUUGUUGUUGGUUCUCUCCUCUACUCCAAGAGGUUUUUCUCCUGGUUCUUCGGUUUUUUGCCUCUCUUCAAAAACCAACAUUUCCAAAUUCCAAUUCGACCAGGAAAGGUAGAACCACUAUUUGGAUGUGCUACCUCUCAAUCGUUACUUAUUAGUUACUUUUUUACUUAGUUACUUACAGACUUGAAGGUGAUGUUCGCUAAAACGUCUCGUGUAAAGGACGGGACGAUUCGCAACGACGAUUCUUAGCGCAACACAGGGUUCAAAUGUUGGAACAAUAUUGCAGCCAUUCGAAACAAUGUAAAAACAAUGUUGUAUCGCUGUGUUGCGCUGAAAAUCAUCGCCGCGAAUCGUCCCUUGUAACAUCACCUUAAACUACAAAUUAGCACACGGCAGAGUACUUGAUGUUGCUGUUUUUUUCCUCCUUAGCAAUGCCCCACGGAAGUUUUCAUCGAAAGUUUCUUCAUGCGGCUCGUUCUUAAAGGCAGUUGGUCACUGCUGAAAGAACAAAUGGAAACCGCUGACCCGUCUUUACAGUCCUGGAUGCCAUACUUGACUGCCACUUGUAAAUUUUUACUUCGAAGAAGUUUUCAUCAUCAGCUGUAUGAAGUACAGGUGUUCAUGAGGGUAAGUAGACAUUGAUGGUUUGUUCAAUAAGCCUUAAUAGGUAGGGGUGGUGGAGAAUGAGAAUCUGGAUUUAGGUUCACUGUUAUCGCUAACUGGGGGAAGGGUGACUGCGCCAGUGUCUCUAUGUUGCGGACUAGUUAACAAAAAGAGAAAGUAAUUUUCUAUGGUCUACACUCUUGAAGACCAUAGAAAUGACGCCAAACCGUUUUAGUGGAACCACGAGACGCAGCGAUUGGUUUUACUCCAAACUUCUCAACCUUUUUGUACGUGAUUUCUAUGAUCUAUAAGAGCGUAGACUAUACUGAGACAAUUGCUGCCUAUUUGUUUUUUACUGUAACCUUGACAGAUUUUAUCGUCCAUUCGAUUGAAAUUGCUUGAAAAUCAUGCUCGGAAGACAGCGCCAUCAUCGCAACAUUUCCAUGCUCUAUACUCCCAUAGACCGUAGCUCUCGACCUAUCAGCGCACGAGUAAAAGCGCCAUCAUCGCCAAUACUUUGUCUUUAUACAUCCUUAUUCAUAAGAACUGAUUCGGCCACAGGGUAUUUAUUACACAUUCAGAUUUAUUAAAUUAUAGGGAAACUAUUAUUUUCAGGACUUUUUCCGCGCCGCACAGACUUGCAUCCGUUUUUACGAGGGCGCGGCCGGAGGUCCAGUGACAUCAUACGAGGACCUUUUCGCCCGACUCCACCACUUGGAGGAAGCGAAACGCCAUAUCGAGACCGUGAUCGCGGAGAAAAAAUCUCCCAAGGGAACGGUGAAUACUGUGUUCGCUUAUCUACGACAACGCGGCACGGCUAGCGCAAAGAAUGCCACGGAGGAACCCUCGCACGUGACCAUGUCACUUUCAGAGCUGAACAGUCACGCCAAUACUAUCAACUUACAGAUCGAAGUCACAAACUUUAUGCACAAGUGUGCAGUAGAACGUGGGGGUACUGGCUUGCUGAGAGCGAGCGACGGAAGUCGCCUACCCACCUUGUUUGGAAAUGGACAUGUCAGAGGAGAGUUGGUGGUGCAGGUAAAUACGGAAUUUAUCAGACUGGCCGAAAGUUUCAUGAUUUUUGGUACUUGAUACAAUACUAAGAAUUACCAAACUAGCAAAUAUGAAUGCUAGUAGGCUGUGAAUUAACUCUAUUCCCUUUCGUUUGUUUGUUUAGGUUCUGCUUGCAGGGGUGUCUAUUCAUGAUGGAUUUAUUUUAGCAAGCCGAAUAAUACAGGUUUGACACCAAUUCAAUUGUUGUUAUUCUUCUGAUAUAAAAAUGAACAGUCACGGCAAGAGGUAAUCUAUUUGUUUUAUACAAUAACGCAAAGCGAAAAACUUUCCUUAUGGCACUCAACUGUUGAAGGAUUUGUUCUUAUUCAGGUAUAUUCCCUCCUUUAGCGCUCUUAUCCUCUAUGUUUCUUGUUUUGCUAACUUGUCUUCAAGGUGUACUCAAUAUUUUUCAAUGUUUUUUCGUAGUUCGCUAGUCAGAAUGAACUCGAUAAAACUUAGCCGGUGUUGGAGACAGUCUUACAGCGAAAUUCGUUCUUUUGCGCUGCGCGUAUUGCAAACUUCUAAGGGAUUUUGAGUUUUUCUGUUCCGUCAAUCAUUUGAGUGAAGGCGGGGUUAAUGCAAAUCACAGUGUAGGGUGCUCGCUCAGCCUGGCUGAGAAUAACUCCAGAUUGUUCAGAAAUAGCGAAGGUAAUCCCGAUGGUGAGUGGAUGUUUUGUCGAAGGAAGGAGGUAGACGUUGCUUUAUUCUGGCAAGUGACACGAGUAAGAAAGAUAAGAAAAAAAAUCUUCGAAGCAAACUUGACUGGUCGAUUCUAGUCCGAAACAGGACAAUUGCAAAGCAACGAACCUUGAAACACGAAACAAAGAAAACGGAUUGAAAUCUACCAAUCACAAGUCACAAACCAAAACCAAGUAGACGUAUGUUUCCUAAGAGGUCGCUAGGAUGAUUGACGGAACAGAAAAACCCAAACUUCCUUCGAAUUCUGCAAAGCCCGCAGCAGGAUACAACGAAUUUCGCUGUAAUCCAUAAUGUUCUCUAUCUUGUCCUCUAUCACCAACUCACCCAAGUCACCCUAGUCACCCUUGUCACCUAACUCACCCAAGUCGCCCUAGUAACCCUUGUCACCUAAGUCACCCUAGUCACCCCAGUCACCCUAGUCACUCUAGUCACCCUAGUCACCAUAGUCACCCUAGUCACCCAAGUCAUCCUUGUAACCCUAGUCACCCUAGUCACCCAAGUCACCCCAGUCACUCUAGUCACCUUAGUCACCCAAGUCACCCAAAUCACCCUAGUCACUCCAGUCACCCCAGUCACCCUAGUCACCCAAGUCACCCCAGUCACCCUAGUCAAACAAGUCACCUUAGUCACCCUAGUCAUCCUAGUCACCCAAGUCACCCAAAUCACCCUAGUCACCCAAGUCACCCUAGUCACUCAAGUCACCCAAGUCAACCUAGUCAUCCUUGUCACUGUUGUCACCCAAGUCACCCUAGUACUAGUCACCCUAGUCACCCAAGUCAGCGUAGUCACCCUAGUCACCCUAGUUACCCAAGUCACCCUAGUCACCCUAGUCACCCUAGUCACCCAAGUCACCCAAGUCACCCUAGUCACCCUAGUCACCCAAGUCACCCUAGUCACCCUAGUCACCCUAGUCACCCAAGUCACCCUAGUCACCCAAGUCACCCUAGUCACCCAAGUCACCCAAGUCACCCUAGUCACCCUAGUCACCCUAGUCACCCAAGUCACCCAAGUCACCCUAGUCACCCUAGUCACCCUAGUCACCCAAGUCACCCAAGUCACCCUAGUCACCCUAGUCACCCAAGUCACCCUAGUCACCCAAGUCACCCUAGUCACCCAAGUCACCCUAGUCACCCAAGUCACCCUAGUCACCCAAGUCACCCUAGUCACCCAAGUCACCCUAGUCACCCAAGUCACCCUAGUCACCCAAGUCACCCUAGUCACCCAAGUCACCCUAGUCACCCAAGUCACCCUAGUCACCCAAGUCACCCUAGUCACCCAAGUCACCCUAGUCACCCAAGUCACCCUAGUCACCCAAGUCACCCUAGUCACCCAAGUCACCCUAGUCACCCAAGUCACCCUAGUCACCCAAGUCACCCUAGUCACCCAAGUCACCCUAGUCACCCAAGUCACCCUAGUCACCCAAGUCACCCAAGUCACCCAAGUCACCCUAGUCACCCAAGUCACCCUAAUCACCCUAGUCACCCAAGUCACCCAAGUCACCCAAGUCACCCUAGUCAUCCUAGUCUCUCUUGUCACCCAAGUCAUUCUUUUCACCCUCUUUACUCGAGUCACCCAAUUCAUCCUAGUCUCUCUUGUUACCCAAGUCAUUGUUUUCACCCUCUUCACUCGAGUCACCCAAUUCACCCAAGCCACAAUAGUCACCCUGGCAACCCUAGCCAAACAGAGCUUUUGCAUUAGCAGUGAACAGUAUUCGGUACACCAUGAAAUACACAAUCAUUGAAUAGCAAUACAGUUCUUUUCUUUUGUAUAGGAUUAUAAUCUACCAGCAGCACGUGUUUAUGUAGACGUUGGCCGCUCUUUGGCGCGGCAGUACAAGUUCUCGCAUAUUGAAGAGCUUCUAAGUUGCUCAGGAGAAACUGGACAAGUCUCAGAGAAGUGCCAUGAUGACAUCAUACUGGCAUGCGUCAGCAUUGUAUGCGCUGACCAGAGCCAGGUGCGUUCAGAUCUUGUUUGGGAGUCUUCAUCACAGUGUGGCUCUACAUGUUUUCGAUUUUUUUUUUCAAUUUUUGGGUUCGGUGUUUUCGCAGCAAUCAAUAUUCUGCGUGUAUGGAGUUGGAGUGGGGAAGGGAAAGAGUUAUUUAACGUAAAGGGCACAAUAGAGAGCACGCUGGUUCACCCCCUCGGGUUGUUGCGCCUGAUCGUUCUCCUCUGUCACUUGUCCUACACCCACCUCGCAGGCUAAAUAAUAAGCUGGACGGACUGACUUAGAUUAACUUUACAGUUUCAGUCAGCACAGCUUCCUCGCUGAGCACAGAAACAGUUUAUAUAGUUUCUGAGAACUGCGGAAAUUACUUAAUUUACAGCAAGGAAAAACAGAGUUUUUUUUUUACCGGCAAUGAAAACGUUUCUAUAAGACAUAAAAAAAUCUGCAAAAUUAACUUUUCCCCUAUACUUUAGUAAUUGUUCUUCUUUGAAGUGAGGAUUCGUAUUGAAUCCGACGGCUACUUUUAUUAACAAAUCAUGAAUACGCAAGUAGUGGUUUUUCUUUUUUAAUUCUUCUUUUUUCUUUCAUAAUUAACAUUGCAACAGGCGAAGAACCUUGAAGGACUUAUUAAACUUCUCAAGAGCGACACGAACCAGGUAAAACCUAGGAUCUUCUUUUAUUUAACACCUUUAAAAAAGAGUAAUUGUCAAAAAUAUCUUUAUUUCCUUUAGAUAAACGCGUUUGUCAUGUGCGGCAAGCUCAAAUCAGCUUAUCUGAUCGCCGUCAAGCGAGACCGCGUGGAGGCCAUACGGGAGAUCGCUGAGGUGGCGCUGAACUCGGGACAGAGCAAGAUGGUGGAGAUCUGCAACAAAUAUCUUAACCAGGAUGCUAAAAAGAGAGAGGCCCAGGAAAGAAAACAAGCGCUGCAGAGGAAACACAGCCACAACGCUGACUCUAAAAGAUAGCAAAAAGCCAAAAAAUAACUGUGGAAUUAAUCUGUCGAAAAGAAAAACGCAAUCGCAACGAUAAUCCUUUUAAUAACAUCUUGAUGAAAAUUAAUCUCCUAUCCAGAUCUCCCCAAUUUUCAGCUAAGAAAAGUGUGAUCUGGAUACGAGAUAAAAAAGGGUAGAUCACCAAGUGACGUAAUGCAAAUGAUCGAAGCAACAUUGCGCAAGAGGCUAUUUCCGAGUUGUAAAAAUCCUCGCUUUGUAAUUAAGGCCAAGUGAAAAAGAAUUUUGGUUAAGACGAGUUUUAUUCGCGUGAGAAGGGAAGGUUAUUUUCAUUGGCCAUUUUAGGUUGCGCGUGGACUGCGUCCAAUUGCAUUGUGGGUCUGUUUUGGGGUGGUCAUCUCAUUUUUGUUGGCUAUUAUCACGUUAUACUGGACACCGGAUCCCAGACGUGUCCCAUGGUGCAAUGCGACACAUCAUCGACCAAGUCCACCCCAAAAUGAUCAAUAUCUAAGAAGUAAACAGGACUAGCCUCGUAGCCUGCAUACGGCCGCCCCCUCCCCUCAAAAAAUAGACACAGGCCAUAGCCUCGUUAUGAAAAUGAGUCUGGGGACAAAUUGAAAAUGACCUAAACUCUUAUACAAUGGGUCUUUCCAAUUUACCAAAGAACUUGUCUCAUUUGACACAAGUUUCAUUCGUACCCCUCUCUCGAUAAAAUCAAGAUGGCACAGAUAUCGCGGUGAAUAGCUUACAACUGGGGAAUUCUUGUGAAAACUCGUGAAUGAAACUCGCAGUUUCCACUGAUAAAGUUAAGGUUCCACUUUUCAUUCUCAAGGAUGAUGAAACGUGCUCUAAUAACAGGGGCUAAAUACAUGUACAGAAUUGAAAUCAAAUGAAGCUUUAUUUUUAAAGUUUGCUAAAUUUUUUGGGUUCGGUGUUGAAUGUGAAAUAAAUGAAAAAAAAAAAGUUUCUAUUACUAUAUUUUGUACAGAAUAAUCUUUGUUCUUUUUAGACUUAAAUCGAAUGCCAAAUUGAAAUUGUGUAAUAAAGUUG